GCUCCGCACGUCAUACAACAACACGGAAGUAACGGCAUAACAAACCGCACGAGUUCAGAUGAGCUCCAUGGAGAGAUACUUACUCCAGAAAGUCAUCGGUGAAGGAUCUUUUGGUCGAGCUUUGUUAGUCCGGUGCACAAACAGUCUGGAGAAGUAUGUAAUCAAGGAAAUCCAGCUGCCAAAGAAUCAGCCCAAAUUGGAGAAUUGCAGGAGAGAAGCCAUCCUGCUGUCCAGAAUGAAACAUCCUAAUAUUGUAGCCUUCAGGGAGGCAUUUGAAGCUGAUGACCUCCUGUGUAUCGUCAUGGAGUACUGCAGCGGAGGUGACCUGCUCCAGAGGAUCCGGCUACAGAAAACUACACAGUUCUGUGUUGAUGAUAUCUUGAAGUGGUUCGCUCAAAUGUGUGCUGCUGCUCACCAUAUCCACGAUAAACGGGUUUUGCACAGAGAUCUAAAGUCCAAGAACAUUUUCCUGACAGAUAAUGGGACAAUCAAGCUCGGGGACUUUGGCUCAGCAUGUAUUCUGAACAGCUCAAAGGCAUAUGCUCGUACAUAUGUUGGGACUCCAUAUUAUGUGGCUCCAGAAAUCUGGGACAACAAGCCAUACAACAAUAAAAGUGAUGUGUGGUCUCUGGGCUGCGUUCUCUAUGAGCUCUGCACCCUGCGACACCCGUUCCAGGCAUCCAGCUGGAAAAGCCUGAUUCUUAAGGUUUGUCGGGGUGCAUAUCCUCCUCCCCCCAGUCACCUGCCCUACGAGCUGCAGUAUUUGAUCAAGCAGAUGUUUAAGACAAACCCAAAAGACAGGCCGUCCCUGCACAGUAUCCUGACCUCUCACCGGGUUUCCAGACUUCUGCGUACACAUCUGCCUUCCCAGGCGCUGGAGACGCAGGAACUGGGAAGGCGUACGGGUCGAUGGAAUAGAGAAGAGGGAAGGAAGGUGGCUAAUCUUCUGGGAGAGAAGAGUUUAAUAAAAACGUCAACUUUUGAAGGUGUGGAGUUUCCUGAAGCCCACAGUGAAAGCAGAGAGGCAGGUCCUCCAAAGAAGUGGGCCGCCGAGCCAUCAGACACUGUGCUGCAGGUGUUAGCCAGUGCUAGCCUCAUCUCAUCUGACAGCAUGGCAUCAACCAGCCAGAGCCUCACAGGAUCUACACAUGGAAGUGUGUUAGAGGAGCCAAACGACAGCAGGCCAAGGAGACGAUGGGACAGGGAUCCUCCUGAAAGGCUUUUGAGUCUGUUGGAGAAAGCUCGACUGAACAGAGCCUUCAGCACCUUCAUAAUACACACUGGAGGUGAGGACCCUCUGAUGGGACCCCUCUCCCAGCCACAGGGUGACGACACUGACGGUCCUGAGCCUGAAGUGACCGUAGAUGAGGAGCGUCUGCAGCCUCGCUCUGAUGAUGAGGACACAGACUUUGAGGAAGAACUUCCAUGUGACUGGAUGAGUGAAGUUGAGAAAAUGUUUUCGGACCACUAAAGCCUCAUUUCCUCUGAGUCUAAACUAUUGCAGAGCUGUCGUUGAUGUUUACGUUCACUAAAGACAAACACGUUUUGCCAAAAUGUUUUCACUUCAAGUGAACAAAAUGAGGUCUUGAACUUUUAAAUAAGGACCAAUUUUUAUAGCAGGUUCUGUUUAAGUUUACAAAAACUAAGAUGAGCUCAGACAGCAGCAUAGAGACAGUAUGUUUUCUAUACUGUAUGUUUUAAGCCUUGCAUAGAUUCUUGUGAUUUUGAUCACAUUUCUUCAACAAAACACUAUGUUUGAACUGAGUAUUCUUCAACUUGUUGUCAUAGAAGCUUUUUUUUUUUUACAUAAAGACGUUUGUGUCUGCG